AAACCUCGAGUGUACUGUGAGAUUACUGAUCUUUGUCAUCUUCCGACAUACCUAUCCGGCCCUUGUAAGCAUGGGACCCGGCUUACCGCCCUCCACCUAGAAUCCUUUCCUACCUCGGCACCUAGACGCACUACUUGCCUAACUAUCGCACUAUCAAUGGCCCCUUGUAGAUGAGGUUUAGCGAUCGUCGUGAGGGGUGGGGUCCCCAUAUUCUCCAGGUUCCCCUCAGUUUAAGGCGUUCCACUUUACUCAACUAUUUUGAGUCCUUCUCACCCCGACACCACUGAAUCAAAACCUAUUUUUAAUCACGCAUUGGCCGUGAUGCUAUAGGCUAUAUAGACAAAUGGCGGUCAUCUUGUACCUCACCACUAUCGUCGUUGCUUGGCUCUUAGCCAUUCUGUACGCCCCUGUCAAGCAACAAAUUACAGUUCUAGGGCUAUUACGACCGCUGGAAUCAUGGCAGAACGUCCACGGCAUCGAGAAUCAUAUCAUCCAGGAUACAAUCGCUUGCGAGGAUCUUCACUACCAUGAACAAUCUGGCCUGCUGUAUUCUGCAUGUCAAGGAGAUCUUGUUAAAGCAGCUGGCUGGUUCCCAGGGGCUUGGUCUUUAGAUUACCCGAAAAACCCUGCUUCCGGGUCACUGGUAGUGAUUGAUCCUAAGACUAUGAAAGCGCGGAAACUCUCACUUGAAAAUUUCUACUCGGAUAUAUUUGUAACCCAUGGGAUCAGCCUUUAUACUCCUCCCGAUGACCAAAAGACCAUAUACAUAUUAGCCAUAAACCAUCUACCAAACCCACUUUGGACCCCAACUUCAUCAGAACAUUCUAAAGCAGCUUCGCGUGUCGAGGUCUUUGUGCAUAAGAUCGGAAGCAACAAGGCAAAACAUAUUCGCUCGAUAUCGCACCCGUUAAUCAGGACACCCAACGAUCUCCUUGCGUUAUCUGAGAAUGAGUUUCUCGUCACCAACGACCAUUACUACCUCGAUGGUUAUAUGCGUCUUGUAGAAGAAUUAUUCCACCCGGCAUGGACCGACCUCUUGCACGUGCAUGCAAACGACGCCGACAACGUCACUGCAACAGUUAGCCUUACCUCGGUCCCGGGGAAUAAUGGCUUAGGUUGGGGUCCAAACGGACAGGUUUUGACUUCGGAUGCUACGGCCGGCUCUAUCUACUUUGCGGAUUUCCAAGACCACAACAAAACCUUAUCCGUUUCUCACUCGAUCCAAGCGGACGGUGUCGUUGACAACCCAUUCUUCUUUUCUGACCCCUAUGCUGGAGUUGACGGCAAGGACUACAGCGGGUACCUUCUUCCCGGCAUCGGACGCGCGGGCGACUUCCUUACAAACUACAAGGAUCCCACUGGAAAAGCCCCUCUAACGAGUCUUGUGUAUUUCCUCCCCGCAAGCGCCGGAAAGAAGGAUAGCGAGGAUAGUGGAAAAAAGCCAAUACUCGUGUUCUCGGAUGACGGGAGCUCAUUGAGAGGCGCGACGACAGCUGUGAUCGUUGCUAUAGAUCCGGCGACUAAUGACGGGAAGAGGCAAGGGUGGCUUUUCGUGACGGGAGUCAUAGCACCUCAUAUGCUGGCGACGAAGAUAGACUUCCCUACUACUCUAGCUUGAAGCGUUGGGUUAUGGAUCACGAGCAAACCAAGCCCUCAAUUUGUGGAUAACUGGUGGGGUUGGAAAUGAUGUUUGAGUUAGUUGUGAGCGAUUGUUUCGCUCUGACUUCUAUUGAUAUCUCCCACAUGAGGUCGUC